CACUGUAAAAUCUAGCACAGUAAUCCGAUUUAGAAAAAUUUGGAGAUUGUAGUUAUUUUCCCAGGCCCAACAAAAACACCUGUACAUAUAUGUGUAUAUAUAUAUGUUAUGUAUUGUUUUAGUCCAAAUUCAUUGUUUGUAUCAUGUUGGGACUGCGACUGAUGCUGAGGCUAUUGACGAUAUUGCUGUUGGGUGAAGCUCUUGCAGAAACGGCAACAACAACAACAACAACAACAACAACAAAAAAGCCAGUUUUCGAGUUGCCGGAACGCUGUAAAUAUCUAAAGGACACAAAAGAGCUGAUGCACCUGAGAUGCAAAGGUAAUUUCCCGCUGGUGGCAUAUACCAAAUUCCGUGAUACCUUUAUGAAACAGACCGAUCGUAUGGCUCUUUUUAUGCCCAACUCCAUGGACUAUGUAAUGGUUGCACUCAAAGAAUCCGAACUGCAUGACUGUGAUAGCAUUCGGCUGAUCGAGGUCAAUGAGUAUAUAUGCUACCCAAAGGAUGGCGGCAAGCGAACCGUCAAACUGAGAUCGGCUCGAAUGUAUUGCUUUCCAUUUCAUAUACAACUGCCCGAUGAUCUGAUGCAUGAGUGCUUGGUCCAGAAGUUUCAAACCUCUGGGUCAACGUUGCAGGCCAGCGUGCUGAGGACCAAGCGCGGCAUCAUACACUACACGUUCGACAAUGAUUCAGCUGUUCAAUAUUUACUGCCCAAACAAAUUGCCAUAUUUUUAACAAUAUUGAUUCUAUCAAUGCUUCUAUAUUUCUAAAUUGAAAAUGCCAGGAUUCAAAUUCCGAUCGGUGAACGACUAGCGAUGAUUUACCAAGUAACGAAAGCGAAGCAACUAGUAAAAAAAACAGCGAGUAGAGUAACAACAAGAAAGAAGGAAACAAAGCAAAGGCUAUAAGCAGCGAUUAGUAAGUGGUGUCAGCCAAAGAGAUAUUGUAGUGAUUAAUCAGAAGCGAGUAGAAUGUUUAAGAGUUAGAAUCCGACAGAUUAUCCACUGAGAAGUAUGAGAAACAAGAAAAAGGAUCGAGUAAGGAACAGCAGGUCAGAAGCAACGAGUAACAUGUAAGAAAGCGAACUCAACGGCUUAGCAGAGAGUAAGAAAGAUUAACUGAUGAGUGGUGAUCAACGAGCAAGCAGUAGCAAGGAAUAAGAAACACCGAAUGAGAAAUAAUCAGCAAAGAGAAGCACAAUCAACGAAUUAAAGGCAGCAAGAACGCAGCAUUAAACAACAUGCAAUGUAUGACUGGCAACGAAAUGUGAGCAAUAUGUAAGGAGCGGCAAGUAACAAAUAGCAAACCAACAACGAGUCGAAAUUGAAGAAAACGAAGUGAAUUUCAACGAGCUGUGAGCAGCGAGAUGAUGCAGAUGCAGUAACUCUUGGGCAACGAAUCAGCAGUAACGAGUUGUAAGCAGCGAGAACGAAUACGCAGCAGCGAAUCGUUUCCACAAGCCAGUUGCCCUUCAGGAACUGCCAUCGUCGAUUUGUCUGAAGCGACGAUUUACAAAUAUCGAACUGUCAUCGGUUGAGUAUUGCCACCAACGUGCUACAUUACUCAAACCUAAAAUCUCUCUUCGUUAACCAAUUAACGGUCGUAAACUUUAAUACGCAUCUCGCAAAAUGAGAUCCAUUGUGUGGAGUCGGGCCAUAGAGAUUGAUCAGUCAAACCAAAAACCCAAGGAAUAAGCAUGAACAACAAAAAUUUACUUUAAAUUUUUCAACCGCUCCAGUCAUGCCAGUCUCAUGAGAUGAUGGGAGAUGAUGUUGUCUUAAAUCGAAUUUCUUUUUGUUCAGUAUUAUUUUUAUCCAUGCUCAUCUGCGUGUUCAACUGCAAUGUUAAAUAUUUAUUUUAUAAACAUUAAAAUUCAUUUCGUAGCCCUCGUUUUA